AAGCAACAAGCAUGACAACUGAAAGAACUCAUAUAAUAAGUGACAAAAUUACUGAGGAGAGUACUUACAUAGUUAUAAAUGACGAAGCCACUGACAAUUCAAAAAGCGAAGUUAACUUGGAAAGACAGUUGAGAUCCGAAAGAACUUAUAUAAAAAUAAGUGACGAAACCACUAACAAUUCAAGUUGUAAAGUCAACUUGGAAGAACAGCUAAUGGAAUUCGAAAGUGCUUAUAUAAUAAUAAAUGAUGAAGCCACUGAUAAACCAAAAAGUGAAAUUAACUUGGAAGAACAGUUGUUAGAUCAAGAUCAAGAUCAUAACAAUAUUUUAGUGUUUGAUACAGACUCUUCUGACGAAGAAUCUGAUAGCACUUUUUCCGCUCUAACUUUGUUUUUGGGUCAGACGUUUCUUACCUGGGAUGAUGCUCAAAAAUUUUUAGAUAGCUAUGGGUUGGAGAAAGGUUUUAGCAUACGAAGAAAACGAACUGAGUUUGAUAGUAACAAAGUUUUAAUUAGAGUUGGCUGGGAGUGUAGUUGCGCAGGUAAGUAUAAAGCAAAAAAAGUCUUGAAUCCAGACAAUCAAAGAAAUCGAACAUCAAGGGCAACAGAUUGUAAGUGGAGGGUUAAUGGAAACCUUUCAAAAGACACAUCAAUAAUUUCUUUUACAACUGUUGUGGAUGAGCAUAAUCAUUUGAUGACACCUUCACCCCAAACUAACAUCGCUAAGUAUCGUAAAUUUGGUGAUGAUAUAGUCGAAUUUGUUGAAUUUUGCAUAUAUCAUGGUGUAACAGGUGCACAAAGUAUUGGGCGGCUCUUGAAAGGAAAAUUUCCUGGGAGAAAUAUUUAUCAGAAGAGCCUUUACAAUGUAAUUCAAAUAGCUAAAAAAAAAUUAACAUCAAGAGUUGAAUAUGAUGCAUCAGAUCUUAUGAGGCACCUGUACUCGCAACGCGCAGAAGAUUCACGUUGGUUUAUAGAAGCAAAAUUUGAUGGAGUUGAGCGUCGAUUAUUUCCAAGUGUUUUUGAAAGUCGUUGGGAAAGCUUAAAAGAGAAGUACAAAUCAGCAAACAGUUAUAUAAAGCGACAACUGGAUCUGUUUAAGCACAAAUGGGCUGUGUGUUAUACGAAUAAUCAAUUUACAGCUGGCGCAAACAGUACUCAGAGAGUUGAGAGCUUAAAUCAUAAAAUUCAUAGCUGUAUUAAAUCAAAUUUGUCACUUUUAAUAUUAGUAAAAGAAAUUCAAUUAUUACUUGAUAAGGAGUCGGAGUAUGCAAGAGUAGAGGAGUAUAAGGAACAAAUUCCUACUACAGGUCUCUCAACAAUUACAAAAACUUAUUUUAAUUCUAUUGAAGGGGUUAUUUCAAAGUAUCCUAUGCCGUCAAUGGUAUUUGUUGCUUGUAAUCAGAUGCAAGAAUGUUUUUAUUACGACUGUUUCAAAAUAGAUAUCACGACUAUAAAUCAGGAUCAAAGUAAUAUUGAUUAUGAUGAGGGUCUACGGGAAGACAACUAUGAAGUUGCAAAAAUACAUCUUACCGAAAUUAUAUUAACAAUCGGUCAAAAUCAAAUUCUAGAAAUAUGGAGAAUUGUAAUAUCCUGCGGUACCAAAAUGAAUUAUGUUGUGUUAUUAGCAGAUGGCUCUGCUCAGGCCAAAUGGCAUAUAGGACUUAUUGCAAUGCGUUGGUAUAAAGAUGAGUUCUUUAGAGACAGUAGUGACAUUUGGCAACAGUCUUUUAUUACUUUAUGCAAAGAUUCAGACCAUAAUCAAAGUGACUAUGAACGUUCAAUAUACAAAUUUGAUUAUAUCAAACAAAUAAGAGGUGCUGAAGUUUAUGGCCCGGUAUUACGAGAGGUCAAUAAUACACAACAAAAAUAUGGUAGAGCACAUGGAAUAAUGCGAAAAGCUCUUGAUCUCGCAAUUUCUACCAAUACAUAUGAUGAGUUAAUGGGUAUCUGUCAUGGAUUUAUACUUGACAAACAAAGAAAUCAAGAAUCGGAUGAAAAAAUGGAAGAUAUUGAAAAUAACAUUAUGAAUCCUGUAAUUACUGCACGAAGAGGGAGACCACCAGGAAGAGCAAAAAGUGAUGUGGAAGUGCAAGAUCAACGUACUACAAAAAGACAACGUUUACAACCAAUAGAAGUUAAUCAAUCCAAUGAUGAAACUAAGGAUAAAAGAAAGACAUGCCAAAAUUGUGGAAAUAGGGGCCAUAAUAGAGCAACAUGCAGAAUCAAUAAGGAAUAA